CUAUCCCAACCUCCUCAGCCAAUGGCGCCUUCCCCGCGCUCCGCACCAAUAGCCGGCGGCGUUGUGGUUGCCCCGCGGAAGUUAAGCGAGGCGGGCGCGUUGCUAUAAUGGAGGAGAGGGGUGAGGGCAGCCGGGUCAUGUGCGCAGCCCCCAGCCGAGCGGGGAGCGGCGAGUCGGGCAGGGAGCGCUACGUGCGGGUUUUUGAAGCAUGUGAUGAAGAUAAAAAAGGAUAUUUAAGCAGAGAGGACUUUAAGGUCGCUGUAGUGAUGCUAUUUGGUUACAAACCCUCAAAGGUGGAGGUGGAUUCAGUAAUGGCCUCGGUGCAACAAAAAAAUUCAGGUGUAUUACUUGAAGAAUUUUUAAAACUUAUGAGUACAAAGAAGGCUGCACAACUACACCAUAGUGAAAUAAGGCAGAUAUUCACAGCUUUUGACAUGCAAUAUAGAGGAUUUUUGACUUUGGAAGAUUUCAAAAGAGCCUUCAAUUCCAUUGCUCCAAAGUUACCUGAAAGGAUCAUAGUUGAAGCUUUCAGGAAGAUGCGGCUCAAGAGGAAGGCAGAAAUAAAUGUCAGAAGACCAUUAUGAUUCACUGAAAAACAAAACAGCGGCAGAAAAAACAUGUGGAGAUUUGUACAGCAUGGGUGAAGACACUAGCAGGUGCCAACAUCCCCUUGUCAAAGACUGACCACCCACUUAUGAGAGAAUUUCUUGACAGCAGGGUCCGGAAUGGUGGUGCGAUUCUUGCUAGGACACAACUGUGACUGAGACAUGCUUACCUGAAGUGUACUUUAAAGAAAAGGAAAACUAAAAACUGAAGCUUAAAGACAAGAAAAUCGCUGUUAUCUUUGAAUGUUGUGGUGAUGAGGCAAGAUCAAUUCUGAAUGUACCGUUUGCACCAUUACAACAUGAUUUCAGGGGGCAUAUUAACUCUUUUUUGGUGGAUACAGUGUUUUUAGAUGCUGUUAAUCCUCAACUGUUUCACAGGCUGUAGUUAAAGCAGUAAAUGAGUACCAGAUUGAUUAUGAAAAUGUAGUAAUUGAUACUGACAAUGCUAGUUACAUGAAAAAGGCAUUUGAUCCUGUGUUUUCUACACUGUUUCCAAAUUCUCUGCAUAUAACCUUUUCUGCACAUAUUUUUAAUUUAAUUGGUGAAUCAUUUAGAGAGUCUUUUUAGAUGGUUGAUACAUUUGUAAGGUGCUUCAAAAACAUGUUCUGUAACUCUGGUAGUAGAAAAGUGAGGUACCUCUGUUUCAUGAACCAGAAACUACAAGAGGAGUCUCCAGAUGUCAAAGCGUCCAUGCCUCCUAGCAGGGCUGUUCCUAGGCAUAUGCAGCAUACGCAGCUGCGUAGAGCACUGGAAAAUUUGGGGCCCAAUUCCCCUUGCUGGCCAUGGCUGGAAUCCUCUCUUCUCUGGCCACUCCCCAGUGCUGGGCUGGUGGGGUUCUCCCCGACCCCAUCCCCUCCCUUCCUCCUCAGCUGGCCAGUUGAGGGCUCCAGCCUCUGGCUCUGACACCCCAGCCCCAGGGAGCCCAGAGCAGUACGGUGGCCUGGCCCACCGCCGCCUGGAGUGGAGUCCCUCCCUGGACCGUGUCUGCCUGCACCUUUCGGCCUCUGGCGACGGCCGGGCCAGGGCCAGGACAGGAGGAGCAAAACUUCCACGUGAGUCAGGGGUGUUGGGGGGAGUAAAAGGGGAGGACUUACGCACACACACAGAGACUGGCUCUUACAUCCACAUACUGUGCCUCUCACAGUUCCCCAAUACAGAUUCUUUCUUUCUCCCACACACAGUCUCUCUCUCUCUCUCUCUCUCUCUCUCACACAGACACACACACACACACACACACACACACACACAUAUACAUACAUACUCUGGCUCUCUCAGACAUACCAUCUCUCUCUUACACACACAUAGAGACACACACACACACACGUAUUGUCGUUAUUACUCCUUGGUACUUCCUGUCAAAAUACUCGUGGUGAGCCAGGAGUGGCGAGGGGCUGCAGGAGGGCUGUGGGCUCUGGCAAAGUGCAGCCCCCCAUAUGACAGUGCAGAGCCUGCCUUGAACCACUGCUGCAGCAUCUGCUGCAUAUGAAGCAUGGUGUGUGUCAGCACUGGAGGGGGUUCUGGGGGUCUGUGGGUGGGGGUGACGGCUGUGCCACCUUGACACACGGGUCAGUGGUGCUGGCUGGGGACCUCCCUCAGUGGAGCUUAGGGGCACCAGUUUAAUAAUACUGUGUAGGGCUCCAUAAACCCUAAGGACGGCCCUGCCUCCUAGCCCAGGUGGAACAGGCUGAAACAGCUGGUUCCAUGCUCUCCAGUAUCACUCUAAGAACUUGCAGUUCUACAAAGAAUUCUUUAAUGAAGAGGGCAAUAGCAGCUCCCAACUAAUUUAAUUAUGCAUUGUUGAAAGUACAGAUCACUUUUCUAGCACAGAAAUGUGAACUAAUGCUCAGUUUAAAUCUGGCAUUUGAGAGCAGGAAGCCUUGCACAAUUAAAGCAUUUGACCUUCUGGAAGAACUGCAGAUAUAUUUCAGUUCACAUCUAGAGCUCCCUUCAGAAAACACCUCAGAGUUCUUCAAAUUUAGGAGGGAAGAAAACAUAUCUCAUGCUAAAAGAUUUGCCUGUCUAGAUCUCUUUAAAGAGGCAUUCCAUGAAGCAUCUGAAAAGCUUGACAACAUUUGUCAUUUGGACAACCAAGUCUAAAUUUUCUCAAAUAACAAAGGUUAUUCAAUCCUCAUCAUGUUUAUAUCCUACCAGAACACUGUGAAUACUUUCAAGCAAUACCUAGUUUUUCUGAGGUACCUGAACAGGAGCUAAAAUUGUACAGGGGAAAGCUUGUGCCUGAAGCUAUUCAAAGUCAACCUAUUUUUGUAGACCUCCAAGUGUUUUGGCUUUCAAUGACAGAGAGAAUUUCAAAUAUCGUCAAGCUGGCCUUGAGUUGCAUAAAUGCUGUCUCAAAUUCUGCAGGUGCAGAGCAAAGUUUUUCACUGUACAAUUUGAUCCCUUCUAGCAGAAGGAAAUCACUAAGUGAGGAAAAACUUGAAGGCUCUUUGUUUUCUGUACUAUAAUUUAAAUGAAAAUACUGGAUUGCACUGGAAUGCAGGACAAUGAUUAGCAAAACUGUAUGACUUUCAUAUAUGAAAGUCUGAGCAAUUUAAAAUGACAUUCUACUUUUUGUUGUUGCUGUUUGGUGUUCUGUAAUGUAAUGAAAAUCCAGAAUUAUAACUGGAAUGCAGGGUAUUAGUUACCACAUGUUUAUAACUUAACUUUCGUGUGUUUAGGAAAUGCUGAAUAGUUAUUGUGACUUUUUUUUCCCUGUAUUGUAGUUUUAAAUAAAUUAU